UGUUAUUAUUAUGGUGAGAGAGCAAACGGCCGUUUCCUUCUACAACAAGAUGCGGGAAUCGGCAUCCAAGUCGUCCUCCACGCCGCUCCUCAUCUUCCCUUCAACCUCCGAUGUCGACUCACUUUGCGCCCUCAAGAUCAUCUUCCACAUCCUCGAGUCCGAUGGCCUCCAAUACUCCUGCUACCCGGUCUCUUCCUUCAACGAGAUCUACAACUACGCCGGCCCCACCCUUGCCUCCGCCGCUGAAAACGGUGACUAUGUCUCAAUGCUCUUAAUCAACUGGGGCUGCCACAGGGACCUACAGAAGACUCUCAAUUUGCCGCCCUCCGCCCGCAUCUUUGUUGUAGAUAGCCACCGCCCCAUCCAUCUCAACAAUAUCAGCCAAGAAAAUGAAUCAGUGGUUGUUUUGUUUACUGAUGAGGAUGAGAAGAUAGCGGAUCUUGUUUACAGUUUUGAUAUUACCCUUGCUGAGUUGGCCAAUGCGAGCUACAUGUGCAGGGAAAGCAAUGAAUUGGAAGAAUCCGAAGAGGAUUCGGAUGAAUCGGAUGAGGAAGAUAGCGAAAAUAGCAACGAUGAUGAAGAUCAACAGGGAUCUAGGAGAAAGAGGAGAAGGGUUUCGGAUUCUGAUCCGGUUCAGUUUUUUAAGAAGCAGGUUAAGAGGUAUUAUAAGUUGGGGACUUUUCACGGGAAGCCUUCCGGGUGUUUGAUGUAUGAACUGGCUGAUUCGUUACGUAAGAAUACAAAUGAGUUGCUGUGGUUGUCUUGUGUGUCUCUUACUGACCAGUUUGUCCAUGAGAGGUUGAGUGAUGAGAGAUACCGUGACGGUGUGGCGGAGCUAGAGGACCGUAUAAGAUGUGCUGGGAACUUGGAUGUGGUUACAUCAGUCACUCUCAAGGAUGGGACUAAGAUUCGGGCACCACAUUCCUGCAAGAUUGCUUGUGAGGAUGAGCCUAGGCUUAUGUUGUUGAAGGAGUGGAGCUUGUUUGAUUCAAUGUUGUGCUCAUCCUACAUUGCAACCAAGUUGAAGACUUGGAGCGAUAAUGGGGUCAAGAAGCUGAACCUUCUGCUGGCUAGGAUGGGGUUUGCACUUGUCGAUUGCCAGCAGAAGUUCCAGUACAUGAGUAUGGAGGUAAAGAAGAAGAUGAAACAUGAAUUUGAGCGGUUUUUGCCAGAAUAUGGACUUACUGAUUUCUAUUAUAGGAGUUUCUUGAGGAUACAUGGGUAUAGCUCAAGGGUGUCUGCCGCGGAUGUGGUGUAUGGAGUGACUGCCCUACUUGAAUCGUUUGUGAAAUCAGAUGGUUCUUGUGCAUCCAAGCAAUUCGGGGUGGCUUAUGAUGCAUUGUCUUUAAGCAAUCUUGAUAAGCUCAAGGCCGGGAUGCAACACGCAAUUAGGAUUCAGAGAGCUAUCUUAAGGCAAGGUAGCACUGCGAUUACAAAGAAUGGGUGUAUCAGAAGUGGGAGGAAGUUUCGGUGGGUGAAGCUUGAGGAUUCGGUUGACACCAAGUUGCUUGGUUAUCCGCAGGCAUUGACUAAGUUCUGUUAUUUCCUUCUGGAUGCUUUGAGAGAGAAGGGGGCACGGAUGAAGCCUUUGCUUUGUGCUUGCUUGUCUCAAGAACCCAAUAGGAUGUUGAUUGUAGGCGUUUAUGGGAAGCCUCGCCUGGCCGGAGCUCAGGGGAAUGCAUUUGGGAUUGCGUUUAGGAAUGCUGCUGAGGAGAUUGGAGCAGAGUUCUUCCAUGAGUUGUUUGAGUCAUCAUGGAUUCUUCUUGACUCUUCUACUGUAAAUUCGUUCAUGAUCAGGUUGACUGAGAAGCUAUGAUGCUGCAACUCUGCUAUGUAUCUACUUCAAGGAAGUAUGUUGACUUACUGAGAAUAUGUGGUAGUUGAUGUUGAAACAAACAUGUCUCUUUUUCUUUGUCUGUUAUCUUAUGUUAUUUAUAGCAUAUGUCCCCAAUGUGUUCAUAGGUACUUUCAUGUAAACCUAUGUCCGCAAUAACGUUUAAUUUGUUUAAAAUACCCUUAACGUUGCAAUUUAA